AUGACAGAUAUGGUAGACAGCACCGAAAUUGAGAUCGAACCAUACAUCAUAAUAAAUAAUAAUGUAAGCGAAUCCAUAUUAAGUACUACAGAGUUAACAGAUAUAACUGAAAAAGUAGAGAAUGAAAUCAUUUUAAAUCAAGAUAUAGCCAAAAAUGACGAAAGUAAAGUAAAAGCCGAUAUCGCUAAAAAUUUUGAAAAAGAUAUAAAUUUAAGCAAGGAAAUUAAAUCUGAUCCAAGCGCAGCACAGUUAGAUUCAGAAACAUGCAAUAAAGGAAUUGAACAACUAAUCCAAGAAUUACAACUGAACAAUGAUACAGAUUUUAUUAAAUGGGUUCCAUACGAGAAAUUUCAAGAAAUAGAGUAUUUAGGUCACGGUGGAUAUGGCACAACUUAUUUUGCCAAAUCAAAAGAAGGAUAUAUUAAUAGUAUAAAUUUAGGAUUUGGAUCUAGAGCAAGAAAUGGUGAAGCGAUAGUCAUAUUAAAACAUUUGAAUAAUUCAAAAGAGAUGAUAACUGAUUAUUUAAAUAUGGUUAAAUCUUAUAACGCUGAAUCAUCACAAAAUCGAAAACGAAAUGUUUUUGGUGUAUUACCAUACAUUCCACCAGAAGUAUUGAAAGGAGAACCAUAUACAACAGCUGGAGAUAUAUAUAGUCUUGGAGGAAUUAUGUAUGAGAUGGCGACAAAUCGCCUUCCAUUCUCAGAUUGUGCACAUAACGAACAAUUGAUUUAUGAAAUUUGUGAUGGAUUAAGACCACAAUUCCCACAAGAUAUAACACCGGAUAUACCACAAUGGUUUAUAAAUCUUAUAUAUGAUUGUUGGGAAAAUGAUCCAAAUAAACGUCCAACGGCCCAAGGAUUAGGCGAAAUAAUUGCAAGUUUGAGUGAAGCAAAUGCGAGUGAUGAAAGAAAAAAUCGAAGAAUGAAAGGACCUUCAAGGGGUGGUCCGAUGUUGAGUAGUAUAUAUACUAAACAUCCAGACGCAAUUUUUACUAGCAAGCUCUGGCCAACCUUGUAUGAAUUAGAACAGUCAGGAUUUAUUUCUACUGCUUCGGUGUUUCCUUCAGAUUUAUUGGAAUAUAAAAUAUUACCUAAUGAUGAACAGCAUUUAUCAGAAUCUAAAGACUUAUUAGAUGAUAAAGAAUUAGAAGAGUCUUCAUCAUUAUCUGAAUCAUAUUUUCUCGAUUUUAGAUCAUCGGAAUCUUUUAAUGAUUCUAACGAUUCUGAUAAUACUGAUGAUACAGAAGAUUUCACAUUUUCAGAAUCUGAUGCUGAAAGUUUUGAUAAU